UAAAUAUACACAGUUAUAACUCUAUUGUAUUGCGAGUGUCAUUGGAGAACCACGAGGCCGAGUAGUAUUCGUCAUGCGCUCAGUUUUAUUGGUUUGGUGCUUCCUCUUUACUGUGCGGUGUUCCUUGAGAGCCGAUCAACAAUAUUGGAAAAAUUUAGCAAAAAAGGAGUUAAAAGAAGCACUAGAAGUCAAAUGGAACCUAGAAAGAGCAAAAAAUGUUAUUAUAUUCAUUGGAGAUGGAAUGGGACCAAAUACAGUGACCGCGACGAGAAUAUAUAAAGGCGGUGAAAGUCAUCGACUAAUUUACGAAAAUUUCCCACACGUGGGCUUAUUAAAGACAUACGCAGCUGAUAAAAUGGUGCCGGAUUCAGCUUGUACUGCGACAGCUCUUUUAUGUGGUAUCAAGGCAAAUAAAGAUACAGUGGGAGUAGACGCCCGGGUGAAGCGUAAAGACUGUCUUAGCUCGUUAGAACCUGACGCCAGACUGAAGUCUCUUGCUGCUAUGGCACUUGAAACUGGAAAAAGUGCAGGUUUCGUGACAACUAUGCGUGUGACCCACGCAACCCCCAGCCCCUUGUACGCCCACAGCGCAGACCGUACUUGGGAAUGUGAUGCAAACCUUCCUCCUACGGCCGCCACGUGUAAAGACCAUGCUCGUCAGCUCAUAGAGGAUUGGCCUGGGAGAGAUCUCAAUGUAAUCCUAGGAGGUGGUCGACUCUCGUUAGUGUCAAGCAAAUCUAGAAAUCCAAAUAUAUCGGCCACACCAGAUAUACCUAAAAAUCGUUGGGUAUGUGCAAGGAAAGACGGACUAAAUUUAAUAGAGGAAUAUAUGAAAAACAAAGAAACUCAAGGACAAAAGUAUGCAUAUGUUUCAAAUCGGAGAGAAUUACAAAGUUUUAAUGCAAAUGAAACUGAUUAUCUCUUGGGCAUCUUCUCUGAUAGCCACUUAGAUUAUGAAUAUGAAAGAGACAAAGGACCCGAUGGAAUGCCAUCAAUUUCUGAUAUGGUUGUAGCAGCGAUUAACGUUUUGAAGAAAAAUGAAAAUGGAUACUUUCUUAUGGUUGAAGGUGGUAACAUAGAUAUGGCUCACCACCGGGGACGAGCGAAGGUGGCGAUCGAGGAAGCUGCCGCCAUGGAGGAGGCAGUCAAAGUGGCCGUCGACAUGACUGAUGAGGAAGACACACUGCUUAUAGUCACCAGUGACCAUACUCACACAUUGAACAUCAACGGAUAUCCCGAUAGGGGAUCCAACAUAUUUGGCACAGCGGGGGCUUCCCCCCACGAUGGAAUCAACUACACCACUUUGGCCUACAGCACUGGAGGGCCCAGCUCCUUCAAGUAUUAUGCCUAUACAGAUAAUCAAAACCGAACUACGGUGAUGAGGCAAGACCCUACCCAGGAGGAGACGAAUAGUGUUUACUACACACAGAAUGCUGGCAUCAUUUUGGAUGAGAACAGUCAUGGCGGUGGUGACGUCAUAAUUUAUGCUAGAGGUCCCCAUUCCCAUUUAUUUCACAAUAUACACGAACAGCAUUACGUCUACCAUGCCAUACUAUAUGCAGCCAAAAUGGGACCUUAUGCAUCUUCCAAUUGUUGCAACAGUUUUAUUUCAUUAGCAUUUGUUAUAAUACUCACUGUAAUAAAUAUAAUUGUAUAGGUUUACUAUUAAAUACUUGAUCUUAAUGAAGAAAGAUUUUAUUAAAACAUGAUACGAGUAUGAA